AUGGGUGGUGGUGGUGGUGUUCUGACCCGCUGUGCUCUCACUUGUGGCGAACGUGUUGCUUCCCCAGGUCUGAGUCGCUCCUGGCCUGGCUCCCGGCUGAUUGGCAGCCAUGCUUUUCGACCCCUUUACAGUUUGCAGCCUGCAAGCCCAAGUCGGGCUGCCUCCCUCCCUAGUAAGGAGGCCCAGUUAGAUCUUGAGCAGUUCCUGGUCCCCAGGAAGAUGGCCAUCAGUCCACUGGAGAGCUGGCUGGCUGCUCGGCACCUGCUGCCCGGACUGGAUGUUGAGGCCCCGAUGACUCUGGCUCCCUCCCAAUUCUACAAGUGCCCACCUAGCCAUGGGGAGGAGGAAGCCAGGCGUGGAGUCACGGACGUCUGGGAUGCCACUCCGCUGCAGUGCAAAAAUGUGCUGAAGAUCCGGAGGCGCAAGAUGAACCACCACAAGUACCGGAAGCUGGUCAAGAGGACACGGUUUCUACGGCGGAAAGUCCGGGAAGGACGUCUGAAAAGGAAGCAGAUCAAGUUUGAGAAGGACCUGAAGCGCAUCUGGCUGAAGGCAGGACUGAAAGAAGCCCCUGAGAGCUGGCAGACCCCAAAGAUCUACCUGAAGAACAAAUAAGUCGGCGGUCCACGUUCCUCUGGCC